AUGGCGGACCCCACGGUGUGCUCGUUCCUCAGCAAGGUGCUGUGCGCGCACGGCGGCCGCAUGCUCCUGCGGGACCUGCGCGGCCACGUGGAGCUGUCGGAGGCUCAGCUGCGGGCGGUGCUGCUGCGGGCCGGGCCCGAGCGCUUCCUGCUGCAGGCGUUCUCCCCUCCCGGCCCCACCCACAAGUCCAUCUGUGCCCUUUCCCAUGACAUCCACAGCCCAGUCAACACCCAAGUCCUGAAAAGCCACGGGCUCUUUGGUCUCAAUGAAGCCCAGCUUCGCAUCCUGCUUUUGCAGAAUGACCCGUGCCUUUUGCCAGAGGUCUGUUUGCUGUACAACAAAGGCGGCCACCCCCCCUACGGCUACUGCAACCUCAAGGAGAAAUGCACCAAGUUCCAUGUGUGUAAGAACUUUGUGCGUGGAGAGUGCACACUUCACACCUGCAAACGGUCCCAUCAGCUCAUCCACGCCGCCUCCCUCAAGUGGCUGGAGGACCAAGAACUAAGUGUUUCAAGUGUUGUGAAUUUUCAGAUCAUCUCUGCCUACAAGCAUAUGAAGUUGCACGAGAUGCUUGAAAAUAAAGAUAACUCAGCUUCUUCUACUGAGCAUUCACAGGGCCUUGAGAAACAAGGCGCACACAAGGCUGGGACAGCAGAAGCCAGGCCUCUUGUCCCCGUCGCUGCUCUGUCAGCCCGCAAGCCCUGCCCAGCUAAACCUUAAAGAGCAUUGGAGAAGUGAGAAGUUUGACCAUCUUGGAAGAUUCAAAAGCACAGCUUUGCUGAGCUUUUGUUUGUAACAGUUCGUUCAUGCUAUUAUUUAUGAGCCGUAUUCAUGAUGAUACCUACCUCACAGAUUGUGUCAAUUAAAGAUGGAAAGGGAAAAAAUGUCAACUUAGGAGGAAAGCGUUGCAGAUGGGAUUGGACAUGAAACAAGCUAGAGAGAGUAAAG